AAGUGCGGUAGUAGUCAGCUGAUUAUAAGCAUAUGAUCCAGCAGGACGGGAAAACAUUUCAUCCAUUCGGUCUUUAAUUUGUGAAAAUAUAAGCCGAACUCGUCAUGCCUGGACGGGGGAAAUUAAUCGCCGUUAUCGGGGAUGAGGACACAUGUACCGGAUUCCUGCUUGGUGGUAUCGGAGAGCUUAAUAAAAACCGAAAGCCCAAUUUCUUGGUGGUGGAGAAGGACACUAGCAUCACAGAGAUAGAGGAGACAUUCAAGAGUUUCCUGGCUCGCAAUGACAUUGGCAUUAUCCUCAUCAACCAGUUCAUUGCAGAGAUGAUUCGUCAUGCCAUAGAUGCUCACAUGGAGUCCAUCCCUGCAGUGCUGGAGAUUCCUUCCAAAGAGCAUCCAUACGAUGCCUCCAAAGAUUCAAUCCUGCGCAGGGCCAAAGGCAUGUUCUCUGCAGAGGACUUCCGAUAAGCAGCUACCUCUGUGGGGUCAUGAUCUGGCCUGGGUAGAGCAGAGAAAAUGAGGGUUCGGUUGAUAGUGACCUGUAUAUGACGUGUGGUUUACCUUUGUUCUUCUCCAUCUUGUUGAGGCUGCAAACCAUAUUAUAAAGAUUAUAUAAUGUUAUUAUGUCCACUGUUGUUAAUGUGGCAUUGUGUGAUGUAAUUUUUAAUUCUUAUGUUUGAAGUAAAGGAUAUUGUUGUGUGUGUUUCUGGUGAUUAAUUGAUUUUAUUGUUUAAUAGACCUAUUUAAUCCCUAAAGUAAGAAACGCUGGUAAACAAAAUGCUAUUUCGGAAUUCAAGCUAUUGUGUAAACUAUCAUUUGUAAAAAGUUGAUAAUAUUGGAUUGCAUAAUCCACUUGAUUAAGGGUCUCCUUAAAUCUUACCCAAACUAAGUAGUUUUACAAAAAUAUGUACAGUAAAUGCUCUUGUUUGCUAUUACAGUGCACAACAUGACUUAAUUUACAAAGCAGACUGAAUAUGAAAAAAAAAAACGAUAUGUUAAUGCUGCAGAUUGCUUAACUCUUAUAAAAAGUUGUUAAAUGCCUCUGUAGUGGUCAGCCCAUUUCUGUUGUGAUGUGACUUCAUUUCUUAUUUUGUGAGUUUUGGUUUGCUUUGUAUAUUUCAUGAUUUUCCUGUUGACUGUACGUUUUCAUUCUUAGCAUAAGAAUAAAAACUUAGCUUAAUAAUAUGAUGUCAUAAAAACAAGAAUAAAAACUUAGCUUAAUAAUAUGAUGUCAUAAAAAUAUGUGUUAACUUAUGUCUUGAAGACUGUGAACCGCAGUUUAUUAAAAGUAAUGAAGUCUGAAACUUUUGCCAUUGGCGUUGUUUGAUGACUAACUUAGUUUUCUAAAUAAACUUAAGUUCAACACUUGUAAA